AUGAUCGUUUAUCGAGGACAAGGAAUGUUGAAUAACGAAUUUCAAAAAUUAAUCAAUCGGGAAGGUGGUCUACUGUCAUUUAACAAUUUCUUGUCGACAAGUAUUGAUGAAGAAGUAUCAUUAAUAUUUGCUCGUAGUGCCACAGACAAUUCGGAUUUGACAGGAGUUCUUUUUCAAAUGGAUAUUAAUCCAUCGAUCGAUUCGACACCAUUUGCUUUAUUGGACAAUGAUGAUUUAAGUCCAUAUUCAGAAUGGGAAAAAGAAAUUCUUUUUUCAAUGCAUACCAUUUUUCGAAUAAAAACUAUGACACAAAUUGAAGAUCGAUUAUGGCAAAUAGAACUUUCAUUAACAAAUGAUAAGGAUGAACAACUUAAAAGUCUGACGAAAUAUAUUCGCCAAGAAACUCUAGGGCUAACAUCAUGGCAUCGUUUAGGAAGAUUGAUGAUAAAUAUGGGUGAGUUAGAACAUGCCGAACAAAUCUGUGAAGCAAUACUCGAUGCAACAUCUAACGAAAAUAUUGAAAAUGUCGCUUUGGUGCAUGGUGAUCUUGGAUGCAUAAAUGUGAAAAAAGGAGAUCAUAAAACUGCACUUACAUUUCAUCAAAAAGCACUUGAACUUCAGAAAUAUGCGCCCAAUUUCGACGCUCUUAAUUUGACAACUACCUACAAUAGUAUUGCAUUCAUUUAUCAUUCUAUGGGAGACUACCAAAAUACUAUUUUAUUCUCUGAAAAAUCAAUUGAAAUUAACAAAAAAUAUCUAACCAUCAAGUCUCUUUCAUCAGGAUAUGCGUACCAUAAUAUGGCUUUAGCCUACUUUUCAUUGGGUUCUUAUUCAAUAGCCUUGUCUUAUUUUGAGAAAGAGCUGGAAAUCUUGCAAGAAUAUCUGCCGACCUACCAUCCAUCAUUAGCAGUGACUUACGACUGUAUAGGUGCAACCUACCAAGAACUAGGCGAUUAUGCGAUAGCACUUUCAUUUCACAAGAGAGCACUCGAAAUUCAACAAAAAUAUCUUCCCCUUAAUCAUCCGGAAUUGGCUAUGGCCUAUGGAAAUAUUGGUGCACUGCAUAUAGCGUUAGAUGAUUUUCAAACUGGAUUGUUGCUACAUCAAAAGGCGCUGGAAAUAAGAAAGAUCUCACUUCCUCCAAACCAUCCAGAAUUGGCUACUUCCUAUAGCAAUAUUGGUGGAGCACAUCGUUCUUUCGGAAAUUAUUUACAAGCAUUGACUCUGUUUCAGAAGGCUCUCGAUAUUAGACAACAAUCACUUCCGGCAAAUCAUCCUUCAAUUGCUACAGCUUUAAAUAAUAUCGGUACAGUGUAUCAUCUAAUGGGUAAUUAUUCGAUGGCACUUUCUUUUUUACAACAGUCGAUGGAAAUAAAAGAAAAAAUGCUGCCUGAAAAUCAUUCAGAUUUAUCGGAACUUCAAGGAAAUAUUGGUAUUAUUCAUCAAGCGAUGGGAAACUAUCCUAUGGCACUUUCAUUCUAUGAAAAAGCUCUCAAAAUUCAAAAAGAAUCUUUCCCUGAGACUCAUUCACACUUGGGCGUUUUGUACGGUGGUAUUGGCGAAGUCUAUCGAUUAAUGGGACAUUAUAUGGACGCAUUAACCAAUUUUCAAAAAGCACUUGACAUAUUUCAAAGUUCCCUUCCUUCGAAUCAUUCCUUAUUGUCCACAACUUACAACAACAUGGGUCUUGUACAUGAUUCAAUGGGAGAUCAGUCGCUCGCACUUUCAUUUUAUAAAAAGACACUUGAAAUUCAAGAAAAAACUCUUCCUGCUCAUCAUCCUUUUUUAGGUACUACCUACAAUAACAUCGGUGUUGUGUAUCGACGAAUGGACGACUAUGCAACUGCACUAUUUUAUCAACAAUAA